AUGGCCCAACACGACCAACCUCUCACUCUAGUAUCAAAUUUACAGACCCCGGGAGGUGGGACGGUGUCCUCCCCCUCGGACAUCUUACAGACCUUUAACGCCUUUUACAAAACUCUAUACUCCUCCAGCCUGUCCUCAGAUUUCCAGCCUGAGAUGUUAAACGACCUACUGGACCCACUUUGUAUAACUGUAUAUGAUAAUGUGCGUAUUUCUGUCUUCCAUGAAAAGCUGCACAAAUAUGUGAGCAUUGUUAAUUUCCCGGCCGGGGCCAAGAUCCCCUAUAAUCAGGGGAAAGAAAUUCCAACUGCUCUUAAUUUACAAAGCUGGCUUUUUCUUAACAGUUCAGGUAUUUUGUCUACAACAAUUUCCAAUCUUCGAGGCCCAGACUUUGUGCCUAAGUCAUUUCCCAAUAUGAGUGAUCCUCGCUUCUGGAAAACCGGCAAAGUUCCGGUAUCUCGGUGCUCAGAUCCCUGUUUACCUGGCAGCAGAAAAAAGUUUGCAUCUUCCAUCCAUAAAUGUUGCUAUGAGUGUGUUCCAUGUCCAGAAGGAGAGAUCUCCAACAUUUCAGACAGUGAAAACUGCAUGAAAUGUCCUGAUGAUGAAUGGCCAAAUGAGAAGAAGGAUCGGUGUGUUCCAAAAUUGGUGGAAUUUCUCUCCUACACUGAUGAUCCAAUUGCUGCAGCAUUUUCACCUGUCUCCAUCGUCUCUUGUCUUCUGACUGGUUUAAUAUUGGGGGUAUUUAUACAUUACCGGGACACCCCCAUUGUUAAAGCUAAUAACCGGAACCUGAGCUAUCUUCUCCUGGUCUCCAUCAUGCUGAGCUUCCUCUGUGUCUUCUUGUUCCUCGGACGUCCAGUAGAUAUAACCUGCAUGCUGCGUGUAACCUCUUUUGGUGUUAUCUUCUCAGUUGCCGUCUCUUCUCUACUUGCCAAAAGUAUCAUGGUGUGUAUUGCUUUUAAAGCCACCAAACCUGGGAGUCCCUGGAGGAAAUGGAUGGGAGCCAAACUGCCCAAUUGUAUCAUUUGUGUCUUCUCACUGGUUCAAGUAGUAAUCUGUGUCUCUUGGUUGUCUACUAAUCCCCCCUUCCAGGAUCAGGACACUCACUCUUAUCAGGGAAAGAUCAUCAUUCAGUGUAAUGAGGGUUCAGUUAUCGGCUUCUACUCUGUCCUGGGAUAUAUGGGGCUUCUGGCAGCUGUGAGCUUCAUUAUAGCUUUUUUAGCCAGGACAUUACCGGACAGUUUUAAUGAGACCAAGUACAUCACCUUCAGCAUGCUGGUGUUCUGCAGUGUCUGGAUUGCCAUGAUCCCGGCCUAUCUGAGCACCAGAGGGAAAUACAUGGUGGCUGUGGAGGUUUUUGCUAUAAUGGCAUCAAGUACUGGACUUCUUGGCUGUAUAUUUUUCUACAAAUGUUACAUAAUUCUGUUAAGACCCGACCUGAAUAUAAAAAUAGUUAUCCACUAAUAUUUAUGGAGGAACACUGGGUUACCAGUAGUUAUAUCUUUAUCUCUACUAUUGUUAAUUUUAGUAUUUUGUUAGCAUAUUGAGAAGGAACAUUGUUACAUUUAAACAUGUAAUACGUACCUCUCCGGUAGAUGGCAAGUCUAAUUGUUGCUCUCUUGAAGAACUAAGGACUCUGCUUGUAUAUGACACUUUGGGUUUGUUGGAAACUGUAACAGAACCACGAAUGGGACAGGGGUUAACGCUAUUUAAGAUAUUCCAUUCCCGAACCCAAGACAGCUAUCGACACUCCACAGUCGAUAAUCCACCCGAGCUGUUGUCUUGACCACAGGGUUAUCCAGUUUGCGGGCAUCUGUGUAUUCAUCCACCAGGCUAGCUGCUUCAAACAAGGAGAAAGGGUUUCUGUCCCGGACCCACUCUCUGACUUCCAGGGACAGUUUGUCAAAGAAGUGC